CAGCAAUGAAGUGCAGUUCUCGUUUGGAAAAAAUCCCUUUUGCACAACAUGUCUCUCAUCAAAUCGUUCGCUAUUUUGGCCUUGGUGGCUCUGGCAGCUGGCUCUGUUCAGAAAUCCAAGCCUAUGAAGAAGUUCCAGCCUGAGGUUGCUCCUCAAAUCAGUGUUCGAGAGGCUUGCGGUGAUCAAUACGCCACUGGCACCGGUGGUAGCAUUAUUUCUCCUAAUUACCCGAAUGGCUAUGCUAAUGGCGAAUCAUGCGGAUGGUUUUUGACCGCUGAAAACGGAAACAAAAUUGCGGUUGUUGUCCAUGACCUGCAGACCGAAGCAGGCUAUGACGUCUUGACGAUCCUUGAUGGUAUCACUGGAGAGUCCCCCGUUCUACUUGAACUUUCCGGAGAAGCCAGCAACUUGGCCGUUCUGUCUACCCAGCCAUCAAUUUUCGUUGGAUUCACAGCUGAUUCAUCUAUCAAUGCUCCUGGAUUCAACUGCAGCUGGAGUCAGGUCAACCCACAAGAUAGCUUGGAACUCUUUGGCCUCUAACUUCAUCCAGUUGGGGAUUGCUUAAUGCAGAAGAAAACUUUCACAGAAUACCACUGUAAAGCAAUGACUUUUUGUAGCCAAAAGACUUGGAAAUAAAGCUGAAAAUAUUUAAAAGUCA